AAAAAUGAGAAAGAAGAAGACUUGUUAGCUAUAUAUACUCCCACAUAAAAUCCCCAGAAUCUCAACAACAAACAUAAAAGAUCCUUAAUCCAAAUUAAUUUUUGGUUUCGAGUGAAAAUAAUAUACAUGGAAUCCUUAAAUUUCCACAACAUCAAAUUGGAGAAAGCAAAUGCUAUGUUAAGAUACAAAAAGCGUCAAAGAGUGACAAUGUUCAUCGUUUUCUGCAUAUUUUUCACCAUAAUCUCAAGAUUUUCUAUUCAAUUGCCACUCUCGACAGAUUAUGUCAAGGGAUUUGGUGUCACCCUCAUUAGUCCUCGAUUUGUCUUUGUUCUUGUAAACAUAAUUGUCAUCAUCCUCUUCUUCAAAUCAGGACAUUCAUCUGCCGCGGACAACGUUAAAUUCGAUUUGUAUGAUGAGUACAAGCAAAAAUAUUCGAUGAACAACGAGGCUUGCUGUAAAAAACAGAGGAAACAGAGCAUUUUGGUUGAAGAGGCUAAUUGUGAACAGAGCAUUACUAAUUGUGAACAGAGCAAGAAACAGAGGAAACUGGCAGAAAGGCGAUUAGAAAAGAGAAUUCAUCAUAGUCAUUCGGAAAACGUUUUAUGUUUGUCUCAUGAUGAGAAAAAAACUAGAAAAAGAAUGAUGAGGUCAGCUACAGUUGGAUGCUUGAAAAAUAUAGACACUGACAGUGUAAAACCAACAACCUCAUAUCCAGAGGCAAAUUGUGAACAGAGGAGAAUUUUGGUUGAAGAGACUAAUUGUGAACAGAGCAGUGUAGCAGAAAGGCAAUUAGAAAAGAUAAUUCAUCGUAGUCAUUCGGAGAACUCUUUAUGUUUGCCUCAUGAUGAGAAAAAAAGAAUGAUGAGGUCAGCUACAGUUGGAUGCUUGAAAAAUAUAGACACUGACACUGUAAAACCAACAACCUCGGAUGGGCUGAGCAGUGUCGAAUUCAGGAAAACUGUUGAGGCAUUUAUUGCAAGACAACAAAGAUUAUUGAAGGAAGAAGAGUUUUCAAUUUCAACAUAAGAGAUAGAAGAUAAAUACAGAUAUCAUGGAAGAAAUAACAGAGUUUUAACUAGCACAUUAUGUGAUCGGUUUUUUUUUUGAGAAAACAAAUGUAAGUGCAUUCACAAUAUCAAUUUUGUCACUUUGGACGAUCAUAUGUUCAUGUGCGUGCUGAUUGAAUGGCACUGUUAAUUAAAACAUGAGAAUCUUCAAUUCAGACA